AUGGCUUCUGAGAAGGUUGAAACUAUUGUUGCAGGGAAUUACUUAGAAAUGGAGAGGGAAGAGGAGGACUCUAAAUCAACUAGUAGCAAACUAACUAGGCUCUUCUGGCAUGGUGGCUCUGUCUAUGAUGCAUGGUUUAGCUGUGCUUCUAAUCAGGUUGCACAAGUGCUAUUGACAUUACCAUAUUCCUUUUCACAACUGGGGAUGUUAUCUGGAAUUUUAUUUCAGCUUUUUUAUGGACUUCUGGGAAGCUGGACUGCUUACCUUAUCAGUGUCCUUUAUGUUGAGUACAGAACCAGAAAGGAGAGAGAGAAGGUUGAUUUCAGGAACCAUGUAAUUCAGUGGUUUGAAGUUCUUGAUGGACUUUUAGGCAAACACUGGAGGAAUCUCGGUCUCUUUUUCAACUGUACUUUCCUUCUUUUUGGAUCAGUAAUUCAACUAAUUGCAUGUGCAAGUAACAUAUACUACAUAAAUGACAAUUUGGACAAGAGAACAUGGACUUACAUCUUCGGGGCCUGCUGUGCAACAACAGUGUUCAUCCCUUCUUUCCACAAUUACAGAAUCUGGUCAUUCUUGGGUCUCAUGAUGACCACUUAUACAGCAUGGUACAUGACCAUAGCUUCCCUUACCCAUGGACAGGUUGAGGGGGUGAAGCACUCAGGUCCAACCAAAUUGGUUCUCUACUUCACUGGAGCUACCAACAUUCUCUAUACUUUCGGUGGACAUGCUGUUACAGUGGAAAUUAUGCAUGCAAUGUGGAAGCCACAGAAGUUUAAGAUGAUAUAUCUGAUUGCAACGCUAUAUGUGCUGACCCUAACAUUGCCAUCAGCAGCUGCAGUCUAUUGGGCAUUUGGGGACAUGCUUCUCACCCAUUCUAAUGCCCUCUCUUUGCUCCCAAGGACAGGGUUCAGAGAUACUGCUGUCAUUCUCAUGCUCAUUCAUCAGUUCAUAACUUUUGGAUUUGCUUGCACACCUCUAUACUUUGUGUGGGAGAAAUUCCUUGGGGUGCAUGAAACCAAGAGUUUGUUCAAAAGGGCAUUGGUUAGACUUCCUGUUGUGAUUCCAAUAUGGUUCCUGGCAAUCAUAUUCCCUUUCUUUGGCCCCAUUAACUCAACUGUUGGAUCUCUCCUUGUUAGCUUCACUGUUUACAUAAUUCCUGCCUUGGCACACAUGUUGACAUUUGCUUCAGCACCGGCUAGAGAGAAUGCUGUGGAGAGACCACCAUCAAUUUUAGGAGGAUGGGUAGGAUUGUACUCUGUGAAUGUCUUUGUGGUGGUAUGGGUUUUGGUGGUAGGAUUUGGGUUGGGAGGAUGGGCAAGCAUGCUUAAUUUCAUACACCAAGUUAAAACAUUUGGGUUAUUUGCUAAGUGCUUUCAGUGUCCCCCUCACAAGGCCUAAAGUAGCUCCUCUAGUUUCUUGUGAUACCUAUGAGAUCAUAAAUGUGUGUAAAGAGAUUGGCAUUUGUACUUUCUUUUUUCCAUUUAUUCCCCCUUUUUUAUUUUUAUUGUAA